AUGGAUGAACGGGUAUGUGGCAUAAGCGUCAGCUCUCUUUUCCUCCCCACCACCACCCCCUCCCCCCGCCCCCCCCUUCCCCCCCUCCCCGCUUCCUUCCUCCCCUGCUCUGAUCAUACAACCGUAUUCCCACCUUCCUUAUCUAUCUCCCCGCAUCCCCCCGUGGCCCUCCCGCUCUUUCCCCCCGCAGGGAGUGCGGCUGCUGGUGGGGGAUUUGGCGGAUUACAGGCGGGUGUCGGCGGACGAGAUGCGCAAGAGCGUGUUCGCCAACUACACCGCCUUCAUCGCAUCCCCGCUUAUUCCCCUCCCGGCACCCCCCUAUCCUCCCCCCCUUACGCCCUGCAGGGCGUGCGGCUGCUGGUGGGCGACUUGGCGGACUACCGGCGGGUGUCAGCGGACGAGAUGCGCAAGAGCGUGUUCGCCAACUACACGGCGUUCAUCGGCACGUCCAAGGAGAUCGCGGAGCUGGAGGUGGAGCUGCAGCAGAUGAAGAACCUCCUCUCCGUGCAGACCGCGCUCAUCCACUCCCUCGCCGCGGAUAGCAUGAGCAACGACAAUAGUAAUAGCACUUCCGCGGGUGGGGGUGGUGGGGGUUCGACUCCUGCGUCUACCACUUCGUCGGUUACCACCGCUGGUACUUCGUCUACCUUCGCUGGCGCUUCGUCCUCGUCGUACGCGUCCUCGUUAGCCACCCCGCAGCAGGACGAGGAGGAGGACGAGCGGAUUUGGAGCGUGGAGGUCCCCGAGCCCACCGAGAUUGAGAAAUACGCGGAGGCGCUCCCGGAUAUACUGGAUAUUCUUAUAGCGGAGCGGAAGGUCGACCGCGCUAUAGAGCUGCUGGAGCAAGGGCAGCAGAUCGUGCAGCUGGCGCUGGCGACAGCAGGGGACGGGGCGGGCGGGGGCGGAGGCGGAGGCGGGGGGAGGGGGGGAGGGGGAGGCGGAGCGGGCGGGGAGGACGAGGAGAUUCUCAGCGCGGACGCGGCGAACGCGCUGGCGGCGGCGAUUGCGGAGAGGCGCGCGUGGCUUAUGGCGCAGCUGGAGGAGACGGCGCAGCAGGCGGCUGUGCGCGGACAGGAGCUGCGCCAGGCCGUGGGCGCGCUGUACCGCCUGGGGGAGACCGAGUGCGCACACCAGCUGCUGCUGGGCGCGUACGGGGAGCGGAUUAGGAGCGGAUCCCGCCUGCUGCGCCCCCGCGGGACCAGCUUUGGUGGCGCGUACACUGCUGCCCUGGCGCAGCUGGUGUUCUCGGCCAUAUCUCAAGCAGCCACGGACUCGGCGCGCAUAUUUGCAUCGGACCCGGCGUGUGCGGCGGAUCUGCUGCUGUGGGCGCAGAGGGAGACGGAGUUCUGUGUCUCGCUGCUCAAGCGCCACGUGCUCUCCUCCGCUGCUGCUGCUGGCGGGCUGCACGCCGCCGCUGAAUGCGUGCGCAUCGCUCUGGGCCACUGCAGGCUAUUGGAAGAGCAAGGUUUGACUCUUUCACCUGUGCUCUCCAAGCUCGUGCGUCCGUCCGUGGAGGAGGCGCUCGAGUUCAACAUUAUCCGCAUAGAGGACUCGGUCGCCACCAUGGUGGCCGUGGAUGACUGGGUGCUGCUGCCGCUGCCCCACGGCGCUGCUGCCACCGGCAGGGUGCGCGCCCUGCAGCAGACACUCGGCCCGGGGUUGAUGCACCUGAGGCUUUCGAGCAGCGGUCAGCGGUUCUACCUCUUGCUCGUGGAUCUAGUGGAGGAUAUCCUGCCGGUGAUCAGCCUGCAGCUGUUUGGCCGCAUUCUCGACCGCCUAGCCUCCCUCUUCGAGUCCUACGUCGCCCUGCUGCAAAAGGCCCUCCCCUCGCCCUCUGACGACGACGAGGAGGAGGAGGACGGGGGGAACGUGGGGGAAGGAGGGAAGGACAAGGGUGGGGAGAAGGAGAACGGAGCAGGGGAGGAGCCGUGGCAGGACGGCAGUGUGAGGACGGCAGAGGACGAGCAGCAGCAGCUGGCGCUGCUGGGGAACGCGUCGGCUCUGGCGGAUGAUCUGCUGCCCCGGCUGGCUCAGAGGCUCACGCUGGCCGCUGGGGAGGAAGGUGGCGGGGGAGGGGGGCGAGCGGGGAGGAAGCAGGGCGGGGCGGAUCCAGACAGGAGGCUGUCUGCUGGCGGACGUGGAGCGACAGGAGUGGCGGCGGCAGGGCAGCUGACUGCUGAGUUGAAUCAGCAGUUUCCUCCCUCCCCACCAGCUCCCCCCAUUCCUCUCACCCGUUCCUACACUCACAGCAACGCGGCGGAGCACAAGGAAUGGCGGAGGCGGCUACAGAAGGCGGUGGACAAGCUGAGGGACGUGCUGUGCUCGUGCCUGGUGGCGGAGUUCAUGUACGGCCACGACGGCCAGCCUAUCCUCACCGCGCACCAGUACCUGCACAUGGACGCCAAGAUGCGCCCCACCCAGUGGGCCCUCAAACCCCUGCCCUCCCCGCCCUUCCAGGUCAGCAUCUGCUCUGUCCAGGCGCUCGACGUGGCUCUGCACUUCUGUUCUGGGUUGGGUUGGGUUGGGUUGGGAGGGGCACGACCGCAUGGUGGUGGUAACGCUGCAGCGUGGUGUUACAGUGUUGCCUUUACCCCCUAUCAAACACGCGCCUCUCUCACCUUCCCAACCCCCCUUCCCUCCCUUCCCCCCCAGGCGCUCUACAUGGCGCUGCACUCCAUCCACUCCACCGCCACGUAUGUGCUGGGAGGGCGCGACCGCGUGGUCACGCUGCUGCUCAUGCGCCUCGCCGAGUGGCUCAUGAUGGGCCUCAUGGUCUACAGCUCCUUCUGGGACGAGCUUGAGAACGCUGAAUACGCCCUCGGCCCCACGGGCCUGCAGCAGUUGGUGUUUGACAUGUAUUUCGUGAUGCAGGUGGCCAAGGCGGGAAAGUACUCCUCCCGGGCCAUGCGCAAGGUGGCAGAGGACAGCGCCACCAAGGCCAUCGUGCUCUACACUGACCAGACGGGAGGGGAUCCCAACAGUGCAUGGAGGGCAGGGGCCGGCAAGGUGGCAGAGGCCAGCGCCACCAAAGCCAUCAUGUUGUUCACCGACCAGGCGGGGGGCAACCCCAACAGUCUCCUGCAGGAGGACUGGUGGUACGAGCACAAGUGCAUGGAGGCUAUAGAGGAGGUCGCAGCAGCAGUAGUCUCACUUGCUCAGAAGACCCCUUUUACCCACCUCCAUCCCGCCUCCCUCCAUCACCAACUCCCUUUCCUUUUCCCCUCCUUAUCCUUUACAGUCUCCUGCAGGAGGACUGGUGCUCUGCAGCAGCAGGGGGAUGGGGGGUUAUCCCAACAGCAGCAGGGCACGGGGAGAGGGGCUUUGGAUGAGGAGAGGAGACCAGCAGUGAAGGGACAGUAUGAUAUGUAUGAUGAUGAUGGGGGGGUUAGGAGUGCGAGACCAGGGGGGAGGGGAGCCGCGGGUCGAAGCCCUAGGAGUGAAGCAGCAGGAGGGGCCCCACGGAGCAGAGGGUUUUCAGACGAUGAUUAUGGGAGUGGGGGCGGCAGGAGUGAGUAUUCGAGCCGGGAUGGGAGUGAGUAUGGGAGGGAUUAUGGGAGGGAGAGGGACAGUGGGGGGAGCAGGGAGUAUGGGAGGGAGAGGGAGAGUGGUGAAGGGGGGGGGGAUUAUGGGAGGGAUGGUGGAGGGAGGGAUUAUAGGGAGAGUGGUGGGAGGGAUUAUGGAAGGGAGAGAGAUGGAUCGUAUCGGGACAGGGAUGUGUCAUACAGGGAGAGAGAUAGGGAUGGGUAUGGGCGGGAAGAGAGAGGCUAUGCAGGCCGACAGGCACAGAGACGAGGAGGGUAUUGA